AUGACUUCGGCAGAGGUAGCAUUUUUGAUUAUAGGAGGGUGUCUAGAAAUAAUUCAGAUAAUAAAGCGCAAAAGUGUAAGGAAUAAGAGCAAUCCGCUGGAGCUGCCAGAGUCGACAUUCAUUGACCAAUAUCGUCUUAACAAAAAAGCCUUUGUCAUGGUGCUGGAUGUCAUUGAAGUCUACCACAUGUGCUCCAACUUACAGCCACACUGUGGCUUUUGGCAGAAGGCUCGUAUUAACAGUCUGUGGGACUCAAAUAUCUGCUUAGCGCGACAUACACUCUCUGAGAUUAUAACAAAAAUGUUAAAGGUUUUUGAACGUUUGAACUGUCCACGUUGGAUAAUUUUAGGAACGAACGACAAUGGAAAACGGAGAGCUCGCGACAUCCUGUACCGCGUUCCAGGCAUUGCUGGUUGUAUAUUUCCGCUUGCAAAGAAAUUUGCAGACAAUUCUGUCAAAGAAUAACCGAUGAGUUUAAUUCUGACAUUUGAACGGAUAAAUCGGUUUCUGUUAAACCUAAAAUCGACACAA